AUGGCAGACGGCUCCGGGGCCUCUGCCGAGAAAACCCCCAGUGGGGUCCUGAAGAACGGAACACAACCGGACAAUCGCAACAAGCUGACGGGGGAGACGGUGGCCCUAAAGAAGGUUGCCUUGCGGCGGCUGGAGGAUGGGAUCCCCAACCAGGCCCUGCGGGAGAUCAAGGCUCUCCAGGAGAUUGAGGACAACCAGUAUGUGGUGAAGUUGAAGGCUGUGUUCCCGCACGGAGCAGGCUUCGUCCUGGCUUUUGAAUUUAUGCUCUCUGACCUGUCGGAGGUCAUCCGGCAUGGGAAGCGGCCUCUGGCCCCAGCUCAGGUCAAGGCCUACAUGCAAAUGCUACUCAAGGGGGUAGCCUUCUGCCACGCCAACAACAUUGUACACCGGGACCUGAAGCCAGCCAACCUGCUCAUCAGCUCCUCGGGCCAGUUGAAGAUAGCUGACUUUGGCCUGGCCCGUGUCUUCUCCCACGAGGGGGACCGACUUUAUAGCCAUCAGGUGGCCACUAGGUGGUAUCGGGCUCCGGAGCUCCUGUAUGGUGCCAGGCAGUAUGGCGAGGGUGUGGACCUAUGGGCUGUGGGCUGCAUCCUUGGGGAGCUCCUGAAUGGCUCUCCUCUCUUCCCUGGUGAGAAUGACAUUGAACAGCUCUGCUGUGUUCUCCGGGUCCUCGGGACACCUAGCCCCAAGGUGUGGCCGGAGAUCACUGAGCUCCCCGAUUACAACAAGAUCUCCUUCAAAGAGCAGCUGCCCCUGCCCCUGGAUGACGUGUUGCCCGAUGCCUCUCCCCCGGCCCUGCGUCUCCUUGGCCGCUUUCUUAUGUAUCCCCCUCGCCAGCGGAUCCAGGCUGAUCAGGCCCUGCUACAUGAGUACUUCUUCAGAGCCCCGCUGCCAGCCCACCCCUCAGAGCUGCCCAUUCCACAGCGUGGGGGAGGGCCCGGCCCCAAGGCCCGACCAGGCCCCCCUCAUGUCCACGACUUCAGGGUAGAGCAGCCCCUGGCUGAGUCGUUGCCAGAUCCGGAGCUGAUUCGGCCCUACCUCCCCGAGGGAUGAGCCUCCCACUGCCCUGGCCUCCACCCAGCUCUGCCUGGCCCCAAGAGAUUGCCUUAUCUGGGCACUCCCAGCUGCUCCCCUUGGCCUUCCUGCGGCCAGGGUGGGAGGGAACUCAGGCGUCCGGCUUCCCUCCCUCUGGAGGUUCAGGAGAACAGACUUCUAACCAUGGCUGUGCCUCAGUUUCCCUAAUGACAAUAAAUACUACAUUGGACUCCAAAGGCAGGAUCGGUGGGAAUAUUCAGAGUGACUGGGAAACGGGAAGGAGGCCUCAGUUUCCCCAGCUUUGAGUUGGGCCUGAUGAUUCCCACCUGUCCUGCUCUCUUCCCUCAGAGCAGAGGGACCAAGAUGGUACUUAUUUGGGGGGAAGGGGGAAGAAACUGAACGAAUUUCCCUGCCACACAGGAGCUAAGCAGGGGACAAGAGGUGUAGACAGGGCCAGGGAGGCCCCAGUAUCCGCUCUCUUCUUUCCCCCAACCUCCUGUGGGGCUGCUAGUUGCCUCAACCCCAACAGCCAAGGUCCGGCGCUCCAUCUGAUAAGAC